AUGUUCGCUGCGGCGACUAAGAACUUUGUGAAGCAGGUGGGAGACACAGGUCGGUUGAUCCCCGUACCGAGCCUGAGUGAGGCUGACCGCUACCAACCGCUCAGCCUGGUCACCAGGAAGAGGAAGAGACACUUCUGGAAGAAAACCAAGUAUGCCUCAACCCCCUUCUCCCUGAAAGACAUCCUGGUGGGGGAGAAGGAGAUCACAGCAGGGGUGUCGUCGUACCAGCUCCUGAACUAUGAGGACAAAUCUGACGUGGCCCUGAACGGCAGAUUAGGGAACCACCUGAUGAACGACGUGGGGUUCAACAUCAGUGGUUCAGACUCUGUGGCCGUCAAAGCCUCCUUUGGGAUCGUCACCAAACACGAGGUGGAGGUCCCAACUCUACUCAGGGAACUCAACUCCAGGAAAGUGGAUCUUGAUCACUGUCUGAUUCGUCAGUCCAAAGAAAGUGGGCGGAGUGUUCUCUGCGUUGUCAUGGAGAGCAUCCGUACGACUCGUCAGUGUUCUCUCACUGUCCAUGCUGGCAUGAGACGGACGACUAUGAGGUUUCAGAUUGAUGAUGGUCGAAACCCCAAAGGUCGAGACAAGGCCAUAGUGAUCCCAGCUCACACCACCAUCGCAUUCAGCAUCUUUGAACUGUUUGUUCGAUUGGAUGGACGACUUGACGACAGGACGUUUGAGGAGCUCACGCACACCCACUCAGACACCUAUAUGGACGACGUAGUGACAGACUACUACGAAAAAGCAGCCAGCAUGACGGACGUCUCCACCGCCUACCUGAGAGGGGACUCCCACUCCCGUGUCAACCUCCUCAACCACAACAUCCCCAAGGGCCCCUGUGCCCUGUGUGGCCGGGGCCAGACACCGAGGGAGACGGUCUACGGCUGUCUGGAGUGCUCCUCCGGUGGGCACAAAUACGUCAGGCUACACGUGGUGCCCUGCUUCGACCUGUGGCACAAGACGCUCAGCUGA